GCAAUCACGUCGAUAACUAAUGUCAAGAUCUUUUCCUUUUCGAUUUUUCUUCUAUUUAAAGUAGCUUGUUUUCAAUUCAAUAUUCAAACCUAUUUAAACUUUCAAUUAGUAAACCAACUAUUGUUACCUGUGAAGAAAAAGAUUGUUUCAAAAAUGAAAUUCUUCAUGUUAACUGUCUGCCUUUUUGGAACUGUAUUUGCUAAGAGUCCUUCUACAGAAUGGACACCGCUCCCUGUUGAUGAUCCAACUGUUAUAAAGUUAGCUAAACAAGCCGUUGCUAAUGUCAACUCACAGGAAAAGUUUAAUUACAAUAAACUGAUCGAGAUUCAAGAACCUAAAUCUGUAGUCGAUGAUGGAGUUACUUAUAUGCUUAAAUUUAUCAUACGAUCAACUUAUUGUCCCAUAUCUAAACCAUACCAUGAUGAUUGUGAAAUAAGAGAAUUACCUGGUCGCAUAUGCAGCGUCGAUGCACAUAAACCUGUUGGGUCUGAAGAAAUCAAGAUCGGGCGUUUACAAUGUGAUGAAAUUCCUCUACCCCCCAGUUAAAGAAAAAUUGCUACACUAAAUUGCGUCAAAUGGCCAUCGAGAUACGCAUCAAACAAAAACGCCAGACUCAUGCGUUUUUUUUGCGUUUAACGCAAUAAUUUCAUUUAUCAAUGUCUGCUUAGACAUUUCAUUCAAUAAAUUAAAAUCGUUAUAUUACGUUGUGAAACAAUUCAUAAGAAUGAAAAA